UUGUGAAAGAUGAGCUACCAACAAUUUUAUUCUGAAAUUGUCAGCAUAUAUUUCCCUUCUUUUGUAUUGCAUUGGAAAUAAAUUGUUUAACUUAAAUCCUUUGUCUAUACGUUUUACAGAAAUGAUGUCUGUAGUGACUUUUCUUUGGCCACCCGAAUAAACUCACUGGGUCUUACCUGGCCACCCCUGAAAAACAUUCUGGCUAUGCCCCUGAGUGCGCCCUAAAGUAUGCAAAGUAUGACCUUUGUUCUCAUUUUUUUCAAGCUCAAUGCAAAUACAAACACACACGUUUAGACCGCUCUAAAUCCUGGUGUUAAAAGAAUGUUUUUUGUGUAGGCUGACCUUGGAAAUGAACUCACUUGUGGUGUGGAAGGAAAAGAGCACAACAGUGAACAGCUGUUUUUUGAGCAGCUUUGUUUCCAAAAGUGUUUUUUUAUUCAUUUCCUUCCAUUGAUAAAUCGUUAAGCGCUCCAAGCCUUGAUCCAAACCAACCAGCUCUGGAAUGAAUUGUGUCAUUACAACAAUUGAUGAGAAACAAAAGUAUUUGAAAUAAUAUCACAAAUGUCAGUAUCAUUCAGACAGCACAAUAUAUGUUAGACAAUAGUUUUAAGUACAGAUUAUGGUGUAAGCACAGAUUAUGCUAUUCACAGUGGUUUAUAUGAGUGGGCUUUGCUUUCCCCAUGGAGGGUUUUUUUAUUGCCAUGAAACAGUUUUUAGUUUAAGGGAAGACCGUAGUAAUUUUAAGACUUCUCAGUGGUAGACCUCUUGAUAUUUGAAAUAUGAUAGCAGCAUAAUUUUUUAUUUAUUCAGUUUUUACUCUAGUGCCUUGAGGGGCAGAAAUUCAGAUGUUCAUGGGGAAUUCAUUCCUGAUGUUGAUGUUCAUGCUCUGUUGUUUGUACUAAAAUACAGUGUUCGUCCAAGGUUAGCUGCACUUCUGUCAUAGCUGGUGUUGAAUCACAUUCUUUGGUGCUGCUUAAGUUAAACCCAAAUCCCUUAGUCAUAUUAUUGUUCUUGUACAAGCCAAGUCCUGUCCACAGCAUAUGUAUGUGUUAUACAAACUCCCAUUGUCAAAAUCUGACAAUGGCACAAUUGCGGUGAGCAGGAUAGCCAGUAGCUAUAAAGCCUGGUGCUCUGUCAGCAUAGGACACAGGACACCAGUCAGCAGAACUCCUACAUUCCUCAGUGCCACAUUCUUCCCUCACCCACCCCACACUUCAGACCCCAUGCUGAGAUUCUGAGCAAUUGCAAGGUCAUGGUGGAAGAGGGCAGUAAGGCCGCUGCUGCACGACUGCAGGCUGGCGACGAACUUGUCGAUAUCAACAACUAUCCUCUUACUGGCUAUAGACAAGAAGCCAUUUGCCUAGUCAAGGGGUCCCACAAAACUCUUAGCCUGGUGGUGAAAAGGAAAAUGAAAAUGGUGGAUAUUGUAGCGCAGAAAAUGCCAUCAGAGAGCGACGUGCAUAUGGCCCGGAGUUUUCUCACGAAGAUUUUACGAAGUUCCAUGAGAAGAAAUGAACCCAUGAGCAGACCUCACUCCUGGCAUGCUACCAAGUUUAACGAAAAUCACUCGGAAGGCAAAACACAAUCCACACCCUCACCAGUCUGGCAAACAAGAUAUGAUGCAAGUUCAUGCUCUUCUGAUCUCUCUUCUGGCUGGGAACAAACCAAUCUACGGAGAGCAUCCGAUCAGUUUAGUUCCUUGGGCAGUAUGGAUAGCCUAGAGCAUGGUUCUCAUCCCUAUCCACCUGGCCGCCUUUCCCCGAGCAGGUCCAAUAAUAACAGCAUUGAACAUUUAGGUGGUGGCAAAAGAGACUCUGCAUACAGUUCCUUUUCCACAAGCUCGGGAACACCAGAUUAUACGCUUUCCAAAAGCAACACUGCAUCCACUGAGAACAUGCUGUACAAAAUAAAUCAGUGGGACUCAAAUGGCAGGCAUAGCAAUGGCAGGCACAGUCAAGGCCUCAGUGAAAACCUCCGUCAUGAUGAAAGGCUGGGAUACAUGCAGAUUUCCUCAAGUACAACCAGCCAGGAGAACCCAAGACUUGAAGAACAACCAGGUGCUCGCCAUUCAAGCUCUUCAAGAGUUAGUAUUGGUCCUGUUUGGCACGUUCCAGACAUGAAGAAAAAUGUGGCAUCAUCUACCCCGCCUCCAACUCCACCUACACGCAUUGAUAGUUUUGCAGCUACUAAGGUUCAUGAAAAGAGUUUGAUCACAGGCACUUCGGAGGGCCACGGUGUUCAUGCUCAGUUAAAGCCUCAGGUGAAAGGAUUGCAAAAGGCAGUAGAGACCCAUGAAAGCACACUAAGGUCUUACCAAGGCAGUGAGACUGGUCUUGAAGGUCGACGUGAUUAUAAUCUGCCCUCCAAAAUCACCUCUGCAAAUUCCUACAUUUCAUCUGAUGCCAAUCAUCAGCAUUCCCACCACAUGUCCUCAGACAAGACAUAUUCCCUGUCAACCACAGAUGUCAGAGAUAGACAUCCAACCUACGCCCAUGCUCCAUAUCAUUCACUACAAUACAGCGACGAGGCCACAUUCCAUGCUCAAACUAGGACCGUUCCUGCACCAAAGCCUCUAUUCAGUGGUUACCACAGCAGUAUGCAUGACCUGCCCACAAUCAACCACACACAGCUAAACAGCCAGAAUCAGGUUAGAAGGCCAUCUGCUACACUGUCCGGUUCUGCUACCAAUCCUGAAGGAAGUAGUCAGAGCCGUUACUAUGGAGUCACCUCCCACCAAACCCCUCAGGGAAUGUCCCAGGCUUCUUUAGCGAGAGUUGGUGACUCUAAAGCUUACUCAAUCUCCGAAUUGUCACAUGUUGGAAGGGAAAGAGUAUCCAUAGGUUCUCAAGGAGGAAUUAAAGACGGGUAUUACCCACCUCAGUCACAGAACCAUGGCCCAGAUCACAAAGAUUUUAAUGCUUAUUCCAGACAAAGUGACAACCACCAGCAACGUUUCUCAUCAAUCAGUAAUUCCUUAAACAAGCCUGAUUCAACAACCACAAAACCUUCUGAGCUUAGGGGGAACCAGAAGCAACACCAUGUGCCCAGUUCAGAUUUGCACCCUGGCAGUUAUCUCCCCAGUCAGCAACCUGAGCAAAAAAGAAGUGUUAGCCAUCUCCAUCCUAAAGAGUAUUCGCAACAACCCUUGCCCACUAAAAGUGAACCAAACAUAUCUCCACAGAAAACACCUAUGUUGUAUUCUCUUGCCCAAGAGCACAAUGACACUGAUAGCUAUCAAGAGCAGAUACACAGUGGAAGUGGACAACAGGAAGCCCUUGACAGUGAAAGUGGCAAAAAGGCAAGACGAAGUGACCGCUAUGCCACAACUCUCCGCAAUGAGAUACAGAUGAGGAGGGCCCAGCUUCAGAAGAGCCAAAGCGCUGCCUCUUUAGGCAGCCCUGUUGAAGCUGUAGAAGAGCCUGCUAUCUGUAAGUCCACUGGGACUACUUCUUCCUCCUCAGAUGGCACUUUUUCCAACUCUUAUAAGGACCACCUAAAAGAAGCCCAGGCCAGGGUCCUUCAGGCUACAUCUUUCAGACGAAGAGACUUAGAGCCAGUACUGUUUGAGCAGUACGAAGCUGCCACUCGGAAAGACACACCACCUCUUUCGAGUGUUUCGGAGGUCCCACCCAGUAAACCCAUAGCAGGGAGUAGUCAGGUGUUUCGCAUUGGUGGUCGAAAGCGCUUUUCUACUGACAAGAAAGUUCGGUCUUUUUCUGAGCCAGAUAAAAUUCAUGAAGUGGGCGCUAAUGAGCACUCCUCUGUGUCUGACAGUGCUCAAAAUCGGCACAAAUUCUUUGAGCCAACAGCAAAACCAGCCUUCUCUAAACUCAUGCCAAAGCACAACCUGCAAAUGUGUGAAGACACCAGAGUGUCAAAACCCGGAGGCAUGCACCAUCCUGCAAAGACUGACAUAGCUGGGCGGAGUAACAGCGACAGAUCAUCCCCCACUGAACUCCACCUAAAUGAAAGUCAGAAUGGUUCUCACUCAGUGAGCCAGCAAGCCAUGAUAAAGCAGCAGAGACUUGGCACUUUUGCAGAGUAUGAGGCCAAAUGGGACAUCCAGAAGAAAAAUGAACCAAGGACAUCUGGUAGAUACCACUCUGCUGAUAACAUCCUUGACACAGGAGUUGAGGAGCGAAGUAAGCGCACCUGUGUGCAUGGAAGAUCUAGAUCCUCCCCUUCAGCUGACUUCUAUGAACAGAAGCUUCCAGUUCAAGCAAAGACAUCAGAUGGCUCUUCGAAAUCAGACAGAAAUAACUCCGAUCAGGAAAAGAAUGGAACAGGGUUAAAUGAAACCAUACAAAGCGAACUCGUAUGCAAGGAGAAACCAGAACCACCCACUCCUGUUUUGACUAAAGACCUGGAGAUAAAGCCUUCGGAUCCACCAACCGGUCACCUUAAACCCGCUCUGCAGUUUUCUGACGUUGGCACUCGCAGUGAACCGGUGGCCCUCACCAAAAAUAAGGGCUCUGUUCUGGAUAAGUACAAAUGCCCUGAGGGCACACCUCCUCCUCUUGGCACAUUUCAGGAGGUUCAGUCUGGAUCACGAGGAGGACUCUUGGCUUCUCUUUCUCCUGUCAACAGUCAAAGCCCCGCCCCUUUCUUACCCCAAGUUCCCUGGAAGAGCGUGGAACAUUGCAAAGGACCAAUCAGGGAGGAGGAGCUUGUGCCUCCUCCCUUUCCACCCCCUCCCCCUCCUGUUGCCCUGCCCACCCAAGAAACCACUGGCUCGACCCAGCCCACCAUGGAGGGCCAGCGUUCACCCUCGCCCCAGUUCGCUCCCCAGAGGCUGACUGACAAGCCCCCUGUUUCUGUCUCCAUACAGGAUGAAGCUCCUGGAAGGAUGGAUAGGGUUACAGAUGAAGCAACAUCAGUGAAAAAAGUGCCCAUUAAGAUUGUCCGCUCAGAGAGCGACACAGAAAAAGAAAGUCGACAGUACCUCGACCUGCCCAGCGAGACCCUGCUCAGCUCCCAGGGACUUGGGAUAACUCAUCUUCACAGUUUAGGAAACCCGGAUCAGUCGUACUCUCUUUUUUGUACUUACACGAGGCAAAAGGACCAGGGGCCUGAACAACGAGACAUGACCAUGGGCCCUCUGAAAGACCAGGGGCUGGAACCCAACAUGAACCCAGGACCUCACGCAAUGUCAGUGGAUCAGAGCAGCAAUGGACUAUCUUCACAUUCGUCUCAGUCUGAUAAUGAUGAUGGCAAGAGAGAAGAGCUGGUGAGGGACAUAAUGGACAAGGACAAAUCCCUGGUGGACAUUUUAACCCCGAGUAAGAUGAAGACUACCAUGGAUCUGAUGGAGGGGAUUUUUCCUCAGGAUGAGCAGCUGCUGGAGGACGCCCAACAGCGCAGGAAAGCUGCACCUAAAAAGAUGUCCCCACGCAACUCUGUGGAAAAAAAGGAAGAAGAGAGCCUGGCGCAAGGCGCUGCUUUAGUGUCUAAUUCCACCUACUACAGUACAUCUGUGCCCAAAGCAGAGCUGCUGAUAAAGAUGAAGGACAUGCAGGAACAAAGCGUUGAACACAUCUCAGAAGAAGAGUUAGAGGAGGACAAUGAAACCGAUCUCUCCGACAAGAAGCACGAGUUGAUUGACAGCCUCAGCAGGAAGCUGCAGGUGCUGAGGGAAGCUCAACAGAGUCUACAGGAGGACGUUCAGGACAACAAUGCUCUUGGGGAGGAUGUGGAGGCCAUCGUACAGGGUGUCUGCAAGCCUAAUGAGCUGGACAAGUUCCGAAUGUUUGUCGGCGACCUUGAUAAAGUGGUCAACCUUCUGCUGUCACUCUCUGGACGCCUGGCCAGAGUGGAGAAUGCACUUAACAGUCUGGAGGAAGAUGCUUCGCUGGAGGAGAGGCGCACAUUGACAGAGAAACGUAAACUGCUGAUCCGCCAACAUGAGGAUGCCAAGGAACUGAAGGAGAACCUUGACAGGAGAGAGCGUGUGGUCUACGAGUUCCUGGGCAGCUACCUGCCGGAGGAGAGGAUGGCUGACUAUGAGCACUUUGUGAAGAUGAAAUCAGCCCUCAUUAUUGAGCAGCGAAAACUCGAGGAUAAGAUCAAACUCGGUGAAGAGCAGCUCAAGUGCCUGAUGGACAGUCUGCCGCUGGACCAAAGGAGUUUCUUCUGAGACGUUUCAUUUAUUGAUCCAGAGCACCUCACACGACACACCCUAAAUAACUGGGUCCCAUAGAUAAAUACUGUACUGUGUUCUGUUUGCCACUAAUGGAAUUACACUACAUUGUGGUUAGAUAUUAUGCCACCAGAAAAGAUACCACUUUUGCAAGACUUAAAUGAAGAUUUAAGACUCUGACAGUGCUGGGCACUUCAGAUCAUGAUUAUAUAGAUAGACCACACUGUGGUUGUUACCUGUUAUUAAGUGUCAUCUAAUCUUAUGCUUUUCUAAAUGUUACACGACCCAUAUAAUUAUAUGGUGAACAAUUAUUAUGCUUUUCACUUUUUCUGAACUAUUUAAAUGAAGACCGUGGCACUGUUUGCACAGGACACGUAAGUGCUCUUGAAAUUUAAACUCGCUUCAACUCGUAGGCCAUGGUCAAUCACUGUGCUGUAGCUUCUUUUAACCACUAGAGGGCAAUGAAGGACGCAUCUUCAAAAUCUGUCCCUGAACCUCCAACACAAAAGCAUCAUCAAACGAUUAAAGGGGUCUUCAUUUCAGUCACAUAUAUGCUGUGAUGACAUUUACAAAAGGAGGAUUUCACGAACUGCAAAAAAAUGACAUUUUUAAAUGGUGAAUUAUUUCCUAUGAUGUGCAUCACUAUCUUGGUCAUGUUACGAAUAAUUCCAUGUUAUUUUUAGUAAUUUAUUUUAGCUUUUUAAAUCUUUGUAUAUAACUAGAGCAGGCUAGUAUGUAUGCAUUCACUUUAAAUAAGUCAAGCAAACUACCACUUUAGUCUUUACGCUUUCAUAGACAUAUCACAUUG